UUUAAAUUAAGUAAAUUCGUAACAACUGGAAGACUUCACGUUCAUAUGGUGUUAUUGAAGUUUCUAUUUUAUGAUUCAAUUGAGGAUUGAGAUUUAGUACAGUUACCCUAUAUAACAACAUUGCUUUAUGUCGAUUCAUGAUAAAAUAAAACGAUCACAAAGUCAACUGAGUUAAGUGGAUGUUUGCCGUUGAUGUUUUUUUUCUAAUUAAACCGUAAUUAUUUUGUAAUUCAAUCGUCAUUUUUUUUUUAAUUAUAUUUUAAAUGACAUUGACUUUUAUUUUGUCCGCGUUUAUACAACUGCACAAUGAUUCCAUCGAAAGGGAGAUACAGUUGUACUGGUGCUAGAUGUUUUCGAUUUAAAAUAAUUAUCAACUAUUGUAUUGAGAUAUUAUAUUAUAGAUUACAGAUUACUGGGUUAGCUGCUUAACCCUUUAACCGGAAGAUGACAUGUUAUACAUUGUGGUGGACAAAAAGAGGAAUUUUGUUUUUCUUUUGUUUCAUAGAUUUAUUGAAGCUGUCGACAUCGUACAGUGUUAGUGAUGCCAAUACUAUCCACGACUUGUUAUUCAACCAAUCUGGUUACAAAACAUUGGUACUACCAGACUUCCCGGUUAAUGUUAGUGUAGAAUACAACUUGCUGACUGUUAAUUCAUUGGAUCUGAAGUCACAGACAUUGUCUACAUCAGGAUGGUUUACCGUGGUAUGGAAUGAUAGCCGCCUGACCUGGACAAAAUCAUCCUAUGGAAAUAUUGAAUAUAUAUAUGCAACAGAAGACAUAGUAUGGCAUCCUUCAUUGAUUGUGCAGAAUUCUAUUUCAGAAUUAAGUAGUCUUGGUGAGGAUACGACAGUCCGCAUACAAAAUAACGGAGAAGUACGAUGGGAACUACCCGCCGUUUUGUCUACAUCAUGUGACAUGGACGUCACUUACUUCCCUUAUGACAGUCAAAUUUGUGACAUAGAAGUAGCUAGCUGGGGAUUUCACACAGAAGCUGUUCAGUUAACAUUCUUGAAAACGAAUCUGAAUUUACAAGACUAUAGAACAAAUGGCGAAUUUGACCUUGUAGCAACUUCUCAGCACUCAUCAGAGUUAUUAGAAGACGGCCUGGCGUAUUCGGAACUUUUGUUCCGAAUAGUGUUUGAGAGACUUCCGGGUCAUUAUAUAAUGAGCGUUAUAUUUCCAGUUAUCGUUACUGCCGUACUAACAUCCGUUACGUUUAUUCUACCUGUUGAAUCCGGAGAAAAAGUCGGAUAUAUUCUGACAGUUUUGCUUGCUCUGGCUGUUUUAUUGACGUUAUUUGCAGACAACAUGCCUACAACUUCAAAACAUACAUCAGUUCUGGUGGUCUUUCUCACCGUUACAUUGGGAUUUGCUUGUGUUGCGAUUAUCGUUACAAUAUUAAUCAUACGACUAUAUCAUGAACCAGACCACUAUAUUGCCCCAAACUGGGUUCAUACGUUGGUAAGAACCUGUCGGAAGUCACGAUGCGGCCCUAAAAGUAUAAACCAUCUUGAAAAAAGUGCAGUCACUGAAAAUAAACCACCGACAGACAUGUCUAACUGGAACGACAAAGACAGUAAUUUAGACAAUAUUAAACCGUUCACACCGUACAGCAACAAGGAAUUAGCAGAAUUCUUAGAUAACUUCUUUUUUGUGUUUUUUACAGUUUUAUAUAUUUUGGUAACCCUUUGUUUCACAAUAACACUGAGUGUCGCAGAAUGAUAGAAAAAGACAAUAAAAUACGAAGCAUGUUUCAGUAAAACGUCAACAUAGUUUUAGCAGCUACUACUAUUAUUUCUACAGGUUAGAUAAUGUUCAUACAGCUAUUCAAUAUUAAAUAGCAUAAAUUGUAAUGCAUCUAUAAAA